AUCCAAAAAAAGGCCGAAGUCUUCUUCCUCAACCCACUUUCGGCUUUUUCCCUCUCAGCUCUCGAAUCUUCCUCCAACAGCCAACGGUUUCAUCCCCAAAACCAGCCGGCAGCCACAUGCCGACCAUCAUGCCAUCACCGCGCCCUACCCACCCUCUCACCGAGCCUGUGCCCCUACCCCCCUCUGCACGAACCAGCCAUCACCCUCCUCUGCACGAACCAGCUCCCUCUUCCCUCUGCACCGUGCCUUCCUCUCCCAGAUGUCUCCUCUGCGCCCAGAUCUAGUGCAAUGAUGUACUCCUGCACCCCUCCUCUGCCGAGCCCAGAUCUGCACUCAUCACCCCCCUGCACACCGCGCCCCGCCCCAAUCACACCCCCUGCACACCGCACCCUGCCUCCAAUCCUACGCCUCACGCUACAGUCAACAGAGGAUGGGACAGACGCCUGCAAAAUGACUGUUCUGCGAGGUCAAUUUUGGCCCCAUUCGAUCCACAGUAGGAAGAAAGAGGACAAAUCGGAAGGUUAGGAAGAGGGGUUCUUUUUUUGUUUUUUUUUUUUAUGGCUUGUGUGGGUAUAAAUAGAAGUCUUUAGAUUUGGAAUAGGGGGGUUUUUGUUUGUUUUUGGUCUGAAUCUGGGUGGCCGGAGGUGGGAAUAAGAGGAAGAGGAUCUCGAAUUUCCAGAGCUCAUCAAAGGAGAUUGUGCAUUCUUGGGUUUAUUUUCUUCCUGUCUUGGGUAAAAAAAAAAAUCCCUUUAAGAAUCUGCCAUUUUAUUUCUUUGUGAUUUGUUGUUGAAGUCUAUUUCUUGGGUUUAAUAUUAGAUUUGUGUAUGUUUGCUGGAAAUGAAUGAAAAAUCAAGGAAUGAUGCAGCUAAAAAGAACUUUGCCGUGGGUGUUUUUUUUCUUAUUUUUUGGGUUGAUGUUUUUCUACAUUUUUUAAGCUGUAUGUGUUUACUGGGGAAUGAAUGAAAAUCUUUCUU